GGUGCCCCGGUGGCCCUGCAUGUACUCCCUGCUGGCGUGCUGCCGGAAGCAGCCAGAGGAGCAGGUCAGCGUCGGGGACAUCCUCGAGAGCAUCGGCGAGAGUCGGAGGCCCGAGACGGCACACGCGGUGUUCCAGGAGGCCCUGCACCACUUGGACAGAGCGCUUGCUCGAGAGCAUCAGGGCGGACACGAAGUCCAGGCCAACGCGGGCGCCCUUUCCGCCGACGCGUUGCGCGUGCUGCGCUGCUGCGGCUUCGAGCGGGGGGCAGGUGGCGCGAUCGCCUUCCCCCAUGGGGGCGACCUCGAGGGGGUGCGCGUGGCGCGAGACUUGAUUAUUUGCCUGGUGUCGUCGCACGUGCACGGGGACCAGGGGCACGUGGCGGCCUGCAAGGAGGAGGACGUGUGCCCGCCGCCCUUGCCGUCCACCGACGCCUCCUGCUCCUCGAG